AUGAUAACUCAGCAUUUCGGAGAUAAGAUUGUCACACCAGGAGAAGAUGUAAGUACACUUAUGUCCAUCAUUUAUAAAAUGAGGUAUAUCCUUGGACAAAUGAUGUCGUCAUCAGGAGUCGGAGUGAUAACUCACUUAAACAUAUCCAGGUCAAGAGUUGAAGAUGGCGGAUUGUAUUCCUGUGUGGCUUACGAAAGUGACUCUGUUUUACGGCAUUCGGCUAGAAUAGAUAUUUAUGGACCUCCUUACAUAAGGACAUUACCGCCAAUCAAGGUGCAAAGCGGUGACGGUUUAAAACUGAAAUGCCCAUAUUAUGGAUAUCCUAUCAGUAAACUAGAUUGGGAACACAAAGGCAAGAAGAUAGUAAGUUCAAUGCUACCACAACACAGCAGAUACAGGCGUACCAACAUAAAGAAGAGACGUAGGAAACGACAGAUCCUGGAAGCGAGUGAGGGCGGUGUAUUGAACAUUCCAAGAAUAGUUAAAGAAGAAAAUGGGGAUAUGUAUACGUGCAUUGUGUAUAGUCCAUCAGGGGAAAUGGCUAGGAGGUCAUUCGAAAUUCAAGUGGUAGAAGCACCAGAGUUAGAUGAACUUAGAGUGGGUUCAGGUCUCAAAGAGGGUCAAAUAGUACAAAUCACAUGCAAUAUCAUUAGUGGGGACCCGCCGAUAUUUUUUUCCUGGUUGAAAGAUGGUAUGAAGAUUCCUCCUACUUUAAAGAUAACAGAACGAAGUUCAGAAUUGUUUAGCGUGCUAAUAAUAAAAAGAGUAUCACUGGAACAUUGUGGUAAAUAUACCUGCAUAGCAACUAACCACGUAGGAAAAGUUAACCAGUCUACAGAACUGUACAUAAACGUCGCACCAAAAUGGAUUGAAGAGCCUACAAACACAUCCCUGCUAUUGGGUCAGCGCGGUGUGGUCUACUGCAAUGCACAAGGAUAUCCCGUACCGCAAAUACAUUGGAUGAAACGAGAUGCAACUCUUGGCAUUUGGAGACCAGUUUUGGAUUUGGCGGGUGGUGGAGUUAGCAGCUAUCCAAAUGGCACUCUUAUUAUUGAAGUGGUGUCACUGGCUGAUGAGGGUCUGUAUGCCUGUCAUGCCGAUAAUGGAGUAGGGGAGGCGCUUAGCAAUAAUCUGUGGAUCAGCGUCAAUAAGCCCGUUCACUUUGAGUCAAUAGGCACGAAUCUUACAACGAAAGUAGGGAUGCCUCUAACGUUAACUUGCAAGCCCUUAGGUGAUAGCCCUAUAAGAAUAAAAUGGACUUUAAAUGGCAGCCCUAUUGAAUUUACAACUUCCAGAGCCACAAUAUCAGAGGCGUCUUCAAAUAAUGGCUUGAAAAGCACAAUUAAUAUAAAUUACGUGGAGAGCAGAGACGGAGGGCAGUACGAGUGUCGAGCUAGUAAUCCUUAUGGCGUAGCAACUUACAGUUUACACGUCAAGAUAUUAGAGCCACCAACUCCACCCCUGGACUUACAAGUGGAUUCGGUCAGUAGUUCAUCAGCCAAACUGUCCUGGCGAGAUACGAUAGUAGCUCAUGUCCAGUACUAUAACGUUCAGUACACGACGAACCAUUUUACUGGCUGGGAAAAUGCUAAGACAAUUAAUAUUACUAGACAAGAGACAGACAUUAGACAAAGUAUCGAGUUGCGUGACUUACAGCCAGCGUCGGAAUACCGAGUUCGAGUCUCGUCGGGAAAUAUGGUCGAUCUUAGUCCUUAUACUAUGCCGGUGCAUUUUACAACGUUGCAAGAAGCGCCAUCUACAAGUCCGAUAAGUGUACAAGCACAACAAACAGAAAAUCCGGGGGAGUUAACGGUGUCGUGGCUUCCUCCGUCACGAGAAACCCACAACGGACAAUUACAGGGUUAUCAUGUAAAAGCCGUCCCUAGAAUAGCAGGGGAAACGGGUCCCAACGACACUCAAACAAAGAUGGUGAAAGUGACAUCUAGAAAGGGUAAACAGGAAACAUUGUUGAGUGGUCUAUUGAAAAAUACAAGAUAUGCAAUAUCAAUCAGUGCUUUUAACUCGGCGGGAAAUGGUCCAUUUUCGUUACCGGUAUAUCAAAUGACAAGAGAAGGAGCCCCAGAGAAUCCUCCAUCAAGUGUAGAAUGCCGUGGGGUUUCAUCGACUUCUGUGCGGAUUGCCUGGCAGCCCAUCGCUAGUCACGGCGCAUCACUACUUGGAUACAGCGUGUAUUACAGCACUGACGACGGCCCUUGGUCGAACAUGACGUCACCACAUACCGAGUUAUAUCUACAGAAUCUAAUGAAAUACACCAACUAUACAAUUAAAGUGGCUGGUUUCUCCAGCUAUGGAAUGGGGCCGUUUUCGCAUCCGGUAGUUUGUACUACAUUGCAAGAUGGUCCUCCGUCAGCUAUAAAGGUUGUGGUUUCUUCUCCGACAUCUAUUAUGGUGAGCUGGAAACGACCGGAAAAACCAAAUGGAGAGAUUACCCAUUAUAAUGUUUACGUCAAACCAGUAUCUAGCACAUCAUCACCCCAAACGUACCGUGUGGAGGCUCAAGAAAUAAAUCCUCUUCGGCAACAUAGUUUCACAGUCAGCAAUUUAAGAACUGGAGCUCAAUAUGAAGUGUUUGUACGUGCGACCACUUCUGCUGGAGAGGGAGCUGCUACGGAAAGAUUUCACGCAGAGCUGACCAGUAAAGUCGUUGCCGGCGUGUCGUCUCUUGGCGGCAGUAUAUCAGUAGGAGUUGGAUCAUCUCUGUUGCUUUCCUGUUCCUGCGUUGGAUCACCUGCCGCCCGCACCGUGUGGUAUCACAACCACAACAUAAUUACACACCAUCCCAGAUAUACGCGGAACCAUGAUGACAGCCUACUUAUUAAUAAUAUCGACCAUUCCCUGAGCGGGAAUUACACUUGUCUAGCCAAAAACCUGUACGGUUCAGAUUCAGUUUCGUACGAAGUGACCGUUCUACCAACUCCUGACCCGCCAGUUUUGCGAGUGACGUCACAUAAAAAUGCAAUUUACCUACAAUGGGAUUAUCCAAAGAAGUCUAAUGGAAAACUACAGAAGAUAAGUUAUAAUCUAACUUGGAAGGAAACAAAUGGCAUUUGGCAAGACGCCUGGUCUGAUAAAGGAGCCUUCUUGCAAGGAACACAGGAGUACACUCUUCAAGGUUUGAAGUGCGGGACCAAAUACUCUCUAAGAAUGACAGCAUCUAAUACCGUUGGUACUUCUCAACCCGCUUAUGUUGAUGCCACAACUUUAGGAGGAGUUCCUAUAUCGCCACCGACUACAGAAUGGUUCUGGAGUAAUGCAACUCAUAUUUAUAUACAACUCAGUGGUUGGGACGAUAACGGUUGUGAAAUUACACGAUGGGAGGUGGACUAUCGUGAAUAUGGAAGUAAGAUCUGGAAGCGAGCUGAGAAUAGAUUGCCAGUGCUAGAUCAAUGGGCACCAUACACCCAGGUCCUAAGUCAGCCCAACUCAUUUAUACUGGCAGAGUUAUUACCAGCGCAGUGGUACCAAAUCAGAGUAGUAGCUGAAAACUCUGCUGGAAUUUCUACCUCAUUAUACAUGUACGCAACAACUACAUUGCUUGGAGAGUCAAUUGGCCCGCCCUCAGAAUACUUAGACUUGAACAUGCUGGUUAUAAUCUGUAGUUCGAUUUUGUUGACUAUUUGUAUGUUAGCCUGUCUCUACAUAUUUAUCAAGAGACAUAACCACCAAAGACUAACAGAAUAUAGAAACUCAUUAACCACAGAGUGCAAAUCGGAACGAAGUAACGCUACUGUCAAUACACCACAGAGCAUUCCAACAGACGUCAACAACAGAGUAUAUAGCACGCCAGUUCAUUUGACAGCUGAUAAUAAACAUGAACUCUACGAAAUAAGCCCAUACGCACAAUUCGCUAUCGGGUUCCGUACUUUUGGUCAUGUGGAAAAUCAAGAGCCUCCCAGUAGACUCGGUGGUAACAGCAAGUCACGAUACGAUAGUGAAACCAGUUUUCAAAUGAGAUCCGAAUCAGAAGACAGUGAUUGCGUGUCACGAACGACGACGCUGAAGAGCGCACCAAGAAAAGCCUGCAGAAUACCUCAUCACAGGUAG